AUGGAUAAGCUGCCGGUAGAGAUUCUAUCCAAAAUCAUCGACCUCCUCACUCCGCGAGAAAAGGUCCAGCUCCAAUGCAUCAAUAAGACAUUCUUUGACCUUGCUCGCGAUAAUAGCCAGUGGCGACUACACUGCUAUGAUCAGUCUUUGGCUGCCCGCCGGGCUUCCCGCCCGGCUCCGGUGCCCGAGAGUUUGCUUUCCGAUGCCACGGCGUCGCUGACGAACUUGGGCCAGGACUCGCUGCGUGAUCUGAUUCAGCCCUCUGGUUCAGGAUCGAAUGAUCUGGAAGAUCGCGACUGGUCUUGGAGUGAGAGGGCCCGCGCCGCAACUGAUUGGGAUUCUUCCGCGAGGGGGGAGCAUGUCGAUUGGUAUUCCGAGUUCAUUGCUCGGCAGGGUCCUAUCUCGUUAACAUGGACUCAGCAGCCGUUGGUGUGCAAUAGUGAUGGAAAGAAUGGGCAGGCCUGCGAGGUUAAGGGUAUGGGCCUGCUGAAGGAUUGGAGUUCUGCCAGACAGAAUAAGAUCGUCGCUCCGCUUGACGACGGCAGUGUUUGCAUUUGGGAUUUAAACCAUUCGCAUUCUGCUGACUCGCAGGCAAGCAAAGGCAAAAUUUUGGGGAUGAGCGAGCCCGGAUUGCUGAUGAAGAAUCUAUCUGGGCGUCGUGAUCAUGCUCCUUCGAAGUCUUCGUUGGACUUUAUCAACUUGGGAGAAGGCGUUAGUGUUGAUUCACUACGGCAAAGAGCAUACCUUGCAAUUGGAAAUAUCCUGAAUGAGGUCGACCUGGAGACAUUGAAGAUAAUAUCUCAGCAACGCUACCCAUGGUCAAUCUUCGCACUUUCACAGGAAACUGAUUACUCCGUGCCUCUCACACUAGCCACAACUCUGAGUCUACAAAUAUACGACGCCAGAUUAUCAGCCGUCGAGGAAGAAGAAGCAAUCAGCUUGCGAUGUGAAAAGGACAUCCGUCCAAGUGUCCUGAAUUCAGGCAUUUUUGCUCACUCCGAUUCGCCAUUACUCCAACUCCAACCCAAUGGACAACCACCUAGACGCAUUCGCAGUCCGGAACCCUCAGAACCAGGAGCCAACUAUGCUCCCCUCUUCCAGCCAGGUCCUCUUUCCAUCCUGCAUCCGCCAGCUCCUCAUGUAAAUACCAUUCUCCUGGCAGGUCGCUUCCCCAGCAUAUUAUGCUACGAUCGCCGUUUCUUCCCGCGCCUGCAGACCACAGUCCACUCCGGAGGGCGAUUAUGUGGUCUUGCUUCUGUUCCAGCGCCACGGUUCCCUGUCUUCUCGGAUACCACUUACCCAGAAUCCCACUCCGUGGUGGCAUGUGGUGAAUAUAAUGGCCGCGGCUCAUUAGAGCUAUACAGCCUGGAGUCAGAAUUAGAAAAGAAUAACAGCCCUUCAGACAUGAGAUCAAAUCUCAACUCAGAGCACAAAAACAGGCAGAGCGCUGCCAGUUCCAAAUUGCUUUCUGUUGGCUCGCACGGGAAUCGCAUCGUCUUCUCUGAUGCCGAGGGCAAUAUCAAAUGGACUGAACGGGAUGGCCGCUCAGAGGUUCGUCGGUGGAAUAUCAACACUUCCCACCCUCAAAUUCCAUUCUGUCGUCGCAGUCGACAACCAACAUCCGGACAAAAUGAUCAAGACGAUGAAGCCCAUGGUCUCUGGCCGGGCUCCAACUCCCCAGGCAAUAAUGAGGUCGCCCGAAAGGUUCUACCGACGGGUGGUAAUCUCACCGGAGAUGAACUGCUCAUAUGGACCGGCGAGCGUAUUGGCCGACUCAAAUUCUCAAUCCCGGCGGACUAUGAGAUGGGGCUUGAUGACGGCUACGCGUCCGACGACGAUGUAUUCAUGCAUGCCGAAGUCGACGAGGCUACUCGGGAAGCUAUGCGACACAAGCGUCGUGAUGAUUGGGAAAAAGAACAAAGAUAUGAACAUGCUAUGCGGCGUGCACUUGAGAGACAGGCAGAUGAGGUGCGCUGGAUGGGCACUCGGGGAUUGGGGCUUGGUUGA